AUGGCUAAGCUUUUGAAGUACGAGUCCAGGGAUACAGUGGAGACAGCAUCUAGUUUGUUGAUUACCAGUUAUCCCUUGACUUUGGACCCGAAAUAUUGGCAGUCGAUUGAAAGCGGUUCAACGUUUUCGACCAUUGGCGAUUCGGCAGCCAAAGACAAUUCCAAACCAGGUCUUACAGUGCCAAACUAUACCCCCGCAGCAAAAGUUUCCGCCAAAUCCAAUGCAAAUUCAGUGUUUGAUAGGAUCGACACGGACGGACAACCUUCGACUGUGACUGCUCCUUUAUUUGAGUCGGCAGAUUUUUCAAAGUUGAAUUUUGACGCGGCUGAAAUUGAAGAAUGCUCCAUGUCGGUUUCUCCAAAACGUCCAAUCCAAAAUCAUGAAUGUGGUCGCGGAUCGUAUCUUUGGCUUCAAGCUGAGCCAGAGCAAGUCGAGCUAGAGCAAGUCGAGCUAGAGCAAGCUGAGCAAGGGCAAGCUGAGCCAGAGUGGGGCUCUCUCUUCAGCAAAGGUUUUGACUUUGAUAGGUUCAGACUACUAGGAGGCUCAUCAAAGAAAAUGCUGCUGCGAAAAGUCCAACAAAGGAACGAUAUGGUGAAGGAGACUUUACUACAUUCCUUGUCUCUAUAUUUGAACCCUUUCCUUGCGGAUGCUCAAAGAAGAUAUUUUGAGAUUGGGUUGUUGCAACCUGGAUCGCACACCGAGCUCGAGAAAAGGCAAAAGAACUUGGUCAAGCAAAUUGUCAUUGUGGAGUCAAUCAUCCACGAGGUUGCGCAACUUGAGGUGUUGAUAGAGGAUUGUAAAGAAAAUGGUGACGUGAACCUGAAAAGAAAUCCCGCAACUGCUAGGUCUUCUAUUUUUAACUGA